GCAAUAUCCAACAUACCUACAUCCUUCGUAACCUCACCUCCCUUUCCAGCCAUGCUGGUCAGUGGUCUAUUAUCCUUCUCCUUUGUCCUGUGUGUCCCGUACGCGCCCCCAUGCGUCUCAGCAUAAGACCGCUCUUCCGUCGAGCACGCCGUCUUGGCUUGACUGCUCCCCUUUCACUCCUCCACCACUAUCUCAUCCAGCCCAGACCGCAACCAAAGCAUAUAAAGAUUUCAGACGACGAGGAACAGCAAUUAGAUGACUACGUGCUGUCAUCACCUAGAAACCCUCCAACGCCUCUUCGCCGCGUCAUGAGGCUUCUCCUCCUCAACCUCCUGAUCAUCAUCUUUCUGGCCCUCCUCAUCGGCUACAUUAUCUACAAACCGCCAACUUUUGUCAUUCGAUUUCUGCAAUGGAAAUAUCCAACUGUCUUGUUCCACGUUCCCCUCCCUCCAUCACAGCGUGUCGUCGCCCUCACCCUCGACGACGCUCCGUCACGUGAGACGGACAAGAUCCUGGAUCUACUCAAGACCUACGGCGCAAAAGCCACCUUCUUUGUUAUUGGGAGUCACGUCGCCGAGUACCCGGGGCUUCUACAGCGUAUGCACGAUGAAGGCCACGAGAUCGGGAAUCACAUGUGGGCCGAUGAGCCCACCAUCAAUAUCCCGCUGGAGGAGUUGAGGCCGCAGAUCGCAAGGGUAGAGAGCCUGUUGCCGCCAAAUAAGGGUGGAGCCAAGUAUUUCCGACCUGGCUCAGGGAUCUUCAGCGCGAAAAUGGUGGGCAUCGUCAGGAGUGUCGGGUACAAGGUCGUGUUGGGGAGCAUCUUUCCGUUUGAUCCGCAGGUCCCUCAUCCGAGGGUUAAUGCGGCGCAUGUUCUGAGUAUGGUGAAGCCGGGUGGCAUUAUUAUUCUGCACGAGAACAGACCUUGGUCAGUAGAGCAGUUGGAGAUAGUUCUCAAAGGCUUGACUGCUGGAGGGUGGAAAGUAGAAACUGUUGGUGGGUUGCUGCAGGUUGCCAAGGAGCUUUGAUUAAGACGUUAGCUAAGGCCCUGUGAGCUAUACAUUUGUUUUGCUAGCCAAGGAAGAGCUACCACAAGUGAUGCGGACAUUUUAGAACCCCGCUGAGCUGUCUGGUUCAUGCAUUCCCUAAUCUUACUUUCUAGAGCCUGAUACCCAUUUGCAUUUUCUGGGCCUGGAUUCGCUCCUAUUGUUCAUUAAGAUAUUCAAUCAUUGUCUCCUCC